AUGGGUAUACAGACGGCCGCAGCGGCGGCGGCGGCGGCGGCAGCAUCGGCAGGAGCGGCGGCGGCACGGACGGGUUCGGCCAGAGCGCCGUCACCGACAGCAGCAUCGGCGGGAGCGGAGGUGGUGCGGACGGCUUCGGCCAGAGCACCGUCCCCGACAGCAGCAUCGGCGGUGGCGGCAUCGGUGACGGGGGGAACCGCAGCAGCAGCAGCAGCAGCGGCGGCGUCCCCGGUCGCCGCGUUGGCGUUGGGUGUCCAGACGGCCGCAGCGGCGGCGGAAGCGACAUUGAUGAUGGGGGUAACGGCAACGGCGACAGCAGCAGCGGCGUCCCCGGUCGCCUCAUCGGCGUCGGGUGUCCAGACGGCCGCAGCGGCGGCGGAAGCGACAUUGAUGAUGGGGGUAACGGCAACGGCGACAGCAGCAGCGGCGUCCCCGGUCGCCUCAUCGGCGUCGGGUGUCCAGACGGCCGCAGCGGCGGCGGAAGCGACAUUGAUGAUGGGGGUAACGGCAACGGCGACAGCAGCAGCGGCGUCCCCGGUCGCCUCAUCGGCGUCGGGUGUCCAGACGGCCGCAGGGGCGGCGGCGGCGGCACCGGUGACGGAGGAACGGGAGUGGCAGCUCCGGCGGCGGCAACGGCGGCAACGGCGGCAGCCGCAGCAGCGACAGGAGUGGCGGUUACGGCCAGAGCUCCGUCGGCGACACCGGCGGCAGCAGGAGCAGCGACGGAAGUGGUGGCUUCGGCCAGAGCUCCGACGGCAGCAGCAGACGGCAGCGGUGGCUUCGGCCAGAGCCUCGUCGGCGGCAGCAGCGACAACGGCGGCGGUGGUAGAGGCGGCAGCAGCGACGUCACCGGCAGCCCUGUUGGCGCUGGAACUAAUGACGGUCGUGGCGGCGAGGAACGGCGACGGCGGCGAUGGCAGCGGCGGCAGCAGCGGUGGCGCCCUUUGAGUCGACCGGGAACGGGGAGGACACGGUGACAGCGACGACCUCACCUUGUUACAGCCAAGUGGGAGAACAUGUGAAACGUUUACGACUUUGUUUGGUUUUGUGAGCAGGCAUGUAUGUUUUUGCUUCGCCAUUUGGCUUCGCAUCUAUUUUUGUUUGUUCUGUUUUUCCCUUGCUAGCGCACCGUGCACUUUGAUGCAGCAAACACAUGUAUGCCACGGCGUGUGCGUUUUUUUUUUUUUCCUUUUGUACUUGGUUUCAUGAUAGUAAUU